CCCCCCCACCAGGUCGUGCCCUUUCCGUCCCUUUCACCGACGAUGACCCACGGCGGCAUCGCCGGUUGGAAGAAGAAGGAGGGCGAGUUCGUCGCGACGGGCGACAUCCUCGCCGAGAUUCAGACUGACAAGGCCACGAUGGAGAUGGAGUCGAUGGAGGAGGGUUGGAUGGCGAAGAUCAUCGUGCCGGAGGGCACCGAGGACAUCCCGGUGGGCAAGCCCGUGGCGGUGCUGUGCGAGGAACAGGCCGACAUCGCCGCGUUCAAGGACUACGUUCCCGAAGCGAGCGCAGAC